AUGAUAUUCCUCCCAACCACUCUCCUCGCCCUCGCCUCAUGUGCCCUCCUCCCCACAGCCCUAGCAUCGUCUCCUUGGGGACACCCUACCUCUAACCGCAACUCAACAAUCCACAACCCCAUCCUCCCCGGCUUCCACCCCGACCCCUCCUGCAUCUUCAUCCCCGACGGCGUCCACGCCCAAACCUUCCUCUGCGCCUCCUCCUCCUUCAACGCCUUCCCCGGAAUCCCCCUCCACGCCAGCGUCGACCUGCAGAACUGGAAACUCAUCGGGCACGUGUUGAACCGACCCUCACAGCUUCCCAGACUCGCCGAAACAAAUCGAAGCACCAGUGGCAUCUGGGCGCCGACACUUCGGUACCACGACAAGACGUUUUGGCUGGUGACGACGCUGGUGGACGAUGAUAGGCCGAAGGAGGAUAGUUCGCGAUGGGAUAAUGUGAUUUUCAAGGCCAAGGACCCGUGGGAUCCGAUGAGUUGGAGCAAGGCAGUGCAUUUUGAAUUUGAGGGGUAUGAUACGGAGCCGUUCUGGGAUGCGGAUGGGAAGACGUAUAUUAAUGGGGCUCAUGCUUGGCAGGUUGGGCCGGCGAUUCAACAAGCUGAGGUGAACCUAGAGACGGGAGAAGUGGGUGAGUGGAAGACGAUCUGGAACGGAACGGGCGGGAUGGCGCCCGAGGGACCGCAUAUUUAUCGGAGAGAUGGGUGGUAUUACUUGCUUGCUGCUGAGGGAGGUACGGGUGUUGACCACAUGGUCACCAUGGCCCGAUCGAGGAGUGUCCAUGGCCCGUUCGAAGCCAACCCUGCGAAUCCGGUGUUGACUAACGCCAACACUACCAGUCUGUUCCAAACAGUAGGCCAUGCAGACCUCUUCGCCGACGCCUCCGGCAACUACUGGGGCGUAGCCCUCUCCACCCGCUCUGGUCCUUCCUACCUGAACUACCCCAUGGGCCGGGAAACCGUCUUAACCCCGGUCUCCUGGCCCUCCGGCUCUGACUUUCCCAUCUGGUCUCCCAUCAGCGGGACCACAUCCAGCUGGCCUCUUCCCAACCCCAGUCCAAAGAACAAGAAAAUCCCUGACGGCCCCAUGUCAGGCCCCUACAUCACUGAAGAUGACCACACCACCACUUUCUCCAAUAAGCCAGGGCUUCCAGCGCACUUCACCCACUGGCGAUUUCCCAACCCGUUGCACUACGCUGUCUCGCCGCCUGAGAAGAAAGGAACACUGAAACUGAACCCAUCAAAGCUGAACUUGACAGGACUAGAAAACGGGAAUUACGCUGGAGCACAAGGUCAGAGCUUUGUAGGACGACGACAGCAGGAUACGCUAUUCCGGUACGCCAUCGACAUCGAUUUUGUCCCCGAAAAGGAAGGAGACGAAGCGGGCGUGAGCGUGUUUUUGACGCAGAACCAUCACUUGGAUCUUGGGGUGGUGCUGCUUCCUGCUGGGUCAGCUACUACCUCUACCGAGUCAACGUUUCCGGGACAUAACUCUUCCUCAACUGAGGAAAAAGGGGGGUUGGUGCCACAUGUUAGGUUCCGCGGGAUAUCGUAUAUCCCCGUUCCUGAACCGGUGGUUGUUGCUCUGCCUGAGUACUGGGUGGGCGGUAGCUUGACGCUGGAGAUCAAGGCGAUCAACUUUACGCAUUAUGCGUUUUCGGUUGGACCGGCGGGACGCAGGUCGGAGAUGCAGACGGUUGUGACGGCUUCGAAUGCUGCCGUUAGUUGGGGGUUUACGGGGACGAUAUUGGGCGUUUAUUGUACGAGUAAUGGGCGGAGGGAGAAUGGGGUGGGGGCACCGGUUUAUGUGAGGAAGUGGGUGUAUGAGGGUGAGGGGCAGUUCAGGGAUUAG